AUGGCGAGACCACCAAACUGCUCUCUUUUCGUGAAAAACUUGCAUCGCGAGACAAGGUUAGAGAAGUUAAAGCAUUUUAUUUAGUUUUUGCUCACUUUUUGCUUAUCUAAUUUUUGCGACCGGAAUUCUCUUGUUAGAUCCGAAGAUCUUAGACGCCUGUUCGCCAGAUAUGGCCGAAUUACCGACGUGUACAUUCCCUUGGACUACUACACAGGAGAAUCCCGAGGCUUUGCUUAUGUACAAUAUCCUUUUUGUUGUGGUUUCUUUGAGUCUAAGUUUGUAAAGGUUUGCCACUAAUUAAAUAAACAGCGCGUUCAUGUUAGAGAAGUUGAGCACUAAGCGCGAGAAUUUUGUUUGAAGAGCGCAAUAAAUUUAUAUAUAUAUAUAUACAUGUUUUAGUUAAUUUUUUAUCUCAGGUAAUUUUUAUUCUACUUUUGUUUCAACUUUAUUAUCAUACGUAACCAUAUCCAAAAACAAAAACAAAAAAACAAAAAUUACCCGAGAUUAAAAUUUAACUACAACGUAUAUAUAAAUAUGUUUAAAGGGUCGAGGGCGCAGAACCGUGUUUUAAACUUCGCGGACAGUGAGGUGAAAGAAUGUGUGAUUUUUUUUCAGUCUUUUCAGUUGUUUGCUGUUUCUUUUUAACAUAUUAAUCCAAAAAUUCAAAUCUCAUCGGAAAGAAGUAAUCGGGAAUGUUGAGAUUUGCGGCGCUUGAAAGGUAUUGCUUCACGUUAAUCGUUGAUCGCAAGAAAGGAUAAAAAAUAACAAUACAAGAAUACCUAUUGUUCUAGAAUUCAGGUCGCUUUCCUUGAUACGGCUAUUUAUGUGUUGCACUAGGUUAAGUCGUUUCGUACGAAGUGAAAAGAUUCAACAAGCUAACAUGGCGAAGCCGUUGCUCGCAAACACGCGUCCUCCGGAGGUGAAUGAACCUUUCCUAAGAAUGGAUGAGCGUCGUUUGAGGAAAACAGAGACUCUUUUGAGAGUAGUCUCUAUUGAGCGAACUGAGCCUCUUGUCUCUAGAUCACUCGCUUUUUUUGGACUAUUAUAAGAUCGAAGUCUAGCUUAACAAAGAACAUUAGCCCUAUUUAUACUAGAGGACGUCUAAGACGUCUGGUAUAAAUACGGGAAAUAAGGCGGACGCAUUAAACGUCAGACCAAUAAAACGUCUGAAGUUAAGUGCGUCCGAUCGACGCACUUAACAGAUGAAUUAGUCGUCUCAGACGUUUAAGACGUCUAGUAUAGAAGCGGGACGCACUUAACCACGCACUUAACAGUCAGACGUCUAAUGCGUCUGGACGUCUAAGACGUCUUCUAGUAUAAAUACGGCCAUUGAUGCUUUAUUUAUCGUGUGUUAUUUCAUAGUACCGUGGCAUAAGCCGUUUUGUUACCCUUUAAAGCACUGAAACUCCUGCAUUAGUCCUUUAUCACAUCUACCAAGAAAAAUUAUAUUGUGAGAAUUCUCUACAUCAUUCCGUUGAUUUAACAAAUCGUUUUGUUUUUUGGUAUAGGAAAUGAACGAAAUAAUUUAGUAACAACCUAGCAAAACAAAACUCAGUAAAUAAGGAAGUUGUCAUGGAAACACUUUUACAUUUGCAAUAUUAAAAAAUGUGGCCUUAUCCGCCUACUGGCUUGAUGCGACUUGAUGAUGAUGAAUAUUCAAACACAUUCAUAUUAUAAGAAAUGUCCCUAAAGACGAACUUCACAUAUUCCCAAACCACACCUCUUUAGUAAAAAUAUUUCCAUUUGAACGUAAACAUCUUAAAACGCAUUUAAGAUUUCCUGAAAAGUUCAUUGAAACAUGUCUAAGUUGGUUGUCGUUCACUGUAUUUGUACUCUAGUUCGUUCUGUUGCGGUUAGCUACAGUGUUAUUACUAUACAAGUAAUGUUACAGUUUGUAAUUACAAAAAAAGUAAAUUCAUAGCGUUCAUAUCAUUAGUACCAUUAUUAAAAUACCCUUUGAGACCACUAAGAAAAUUCAGUUAAAGCAUUUGAAUGAUUAAACAGUUUCUCUGUGUUUCCCUUUUUUCUGCCAUUCCCAUUAUCGCAACAUGGGACACAUGCAGACAUUUUAUUCUUACUGCAGUAACAAUUUAAACUUGCUGCAUGCAUCACCAAUUAAUCCCACGUGAACGCUUCUAACCGUCUUGUUGUAAAAUACAUUUGUCUCAUUUCAGCUUUUCAUGCAAACUCUACCUUUUUUUAAUACUUAACCUCCUUUAUAGCCUUAUUCCAGUAUUAUUCCUUGUCUAAUCUAUUACCUCUUUUAUACAAAUACAGGCUAUAAAUCAAGCUGUUAAAGAUUUCAUGUCUAUAUUUAAAAAUGAUCUACAACAAGCUGCAAUUAGGAGCAAGGAAGUGAUUAUUUUAGGCAGCGACUUGAUCUGUAAUUAUUUGGCAAAACGAAACAAUACUUCGGUGGAAUUUAAACAGCUUAAGGGCCUGCUGAGGUCGGAAAAACCUUAGUCAGCUUAUACAUCAGCCUACAAGAAUUACUCAGGAUUCUUUAUAGACACUUUUGGAUAAUCGCUACGAAUGCUCCUCAUAACAAUAAGGAGUCCGGGGUGCUAAGUUUAAGUCUCAGUGAUCAUGAAUUUGCUUAUUGCAUACGAAAACUGAAUUAAUUGGAUCAAGGCCCCACCUGAAGGUAAAAGUUUCAGGAAUUAUGCAAAGUACGAUGUGAUGACCUUAGAAAUGUUAAUUGGAAUGUAAAUGAGUACUCCCAUGUAAUAAUAUACAGGAAAAAAUUACUCAAUUCUGAUUGGCUGAGAAAGGAGUUCAGUUCUUCUGUAACACGAGUGCAAACUUGUAACACGAAUGCAAACUGGUAACACGAGUGCAAAUUACAAAUGGAUUCUGAUUAGCUGAAAAUACAAAAGAAACCACCAAGAACCAAUCAGAUUAGAGGUGUUUUAACAACAAAAUUUAAGAAAAUGGCCAUGCUUUUCAGUUCAGCAAAAGACGGUUUGAUUUUGUACGCAAAACAACAAUAGAAAAUUUAAAAAAAUAUAUUCCAAAAACCCGAACACAGUAAAAAGUACGUCUUUCUGGCUAAAUGUAUUGAAAAUGCGGUGCUACGAAAAAAUACUGUAAAAAAAUUGAGGAAAAUAAGCCAGAGAAACUAAAACACAAGCUACUUGUAACAAACUACGCUAAAAUAAAAAAAUAAAGAACAAAAACGGUGGCAACCACACGCUAACCACGACAGCUACACUUUUCAGAAAUUUAAAUGAACAAGCCAAGGAUACAAGUUUUCCGUGAUAACAACAGGGAUUUCAAGUCAUGUACGUUAUUUGUUGGAGGAAAAAGGCGUCCAGUUGCUUUCUUUGAGUCUUUUGUGGAGCGAAGACCACUAUUAAAACAUCCAUGCGAUGGUCUGUUUUUUUUCUACCUCAGUGGCGCUUGAACGAAACUAAAAAUUUUAACAUAUGGUUCAAACUAAACCAAAUAAUGAAACUAACAUAAUGAAAGUAUCGUAGCUGGUACUAGCCUUAAAGAAAGUGGGAAAAAAGUUUACGAAUCAUAGUGCAAGAAAAACAACAGUCAGCAAGCUGAAGAAAGCAGAGAUUGUAAGUUCAGAACUUAUCGCCAAUCGAGGUAUAAAUUUCCUCAACGACUACGAUGAAGUCGACGAAGAAGAGCGACGAUGGCUCUUGCAGUAGGCCAAAUGAAAUAAUGAAAACCCCAGUGCUGAGAAAAAGCAAUAUUUUAGUACUGGUAGUCUCACUCAUCGAUGUCAGCUUCGGAAGAAAACAAAUUGCCUCCUUCAUUUUCGGGUUUUAAAUCUCACAAUGUUCUCCAUGAAUCCAGCAGUGAUGGGGUCUCAGGAACAGACAGUGAUGAACAUUCUUUAAACAACUCAGCAAGUGUCUUUCAUCUUUGGCUGCUCGAAGAGUUCUCCUGAUUUCAAAACGGCAGUAUACUUCAAGUAAACCACGAGGUCUGAUAAUCGAGGAUGAAUUUGAAAACACUUACUUUUGCUGAUUAUUGCAAACCGAAAAAUUUACUCGUGCUUAUUUAUUCCAAAUUGCACUCGAAAUCAUGUGAUUACCUAUACAUAACACAAACAUCGACAAUGUGUGUGUACACAAUGCUUGGUCUAGGUUUAAGGCGUUAUUUCUCAGUUAGUCCAUAUCUAAAUUCCAAUUAAAGUUUCAUUACACUGCGAGAAGAGUCCGAAGGAGGCUCUGCUCGCAGGGUAUUGUUUAAUUGGAGGAACUUUGAAAAAUAUAUAAUCUUUUACACUCUACCUUGAAGCAGGUGAAAGAGAACUCAUAAAUUAUGAAAUACGUGGGUUCGUUGUACCGUUAACGAUAGCCGAAUUAGGUCAGAAACGUCUUGAGGCAGCAGCGCCCACACUAAAAUAUGGACCCUUAAACAGCUCCAUCACUAUACUCAGCGUUUGAAUCAUAUAGAUAUUUCAAUGUUAUGCUUCUAAACACCUUUAGCUGUGGUAAAAGACGAAAAAAUUGUGAAGAAUCAUGAUGGCGGUCUCAAAAUGCCCUUGUUUGACCUUAAGCCGAGUGAAUGUCAUGUUAGAUGCCAAAAUUUCAUUGGUUCCUAAGCAUCAACUUAGCGUACCUUCAACCUUAUUGAACAAAGACGACUUAAAAGGCAAAGUUUAUAUAUAAAUUUAGGUUACAAUACUUGUCAAUAUCUUUGAUCACAACUGUCCAUGUGUAAGAGUACAAAAACAUGCACGCAGUUGAACACACAGUAUUAUAGAGACGAUAAUACAGAGCAGUUUAAACCUCAUUUUACUGAUUUUACAGAAGUGAAAUAGAAUAAUAAGAAGUAUAAAAUUACAUUAAAAGGAAUUGAAUAUUGACAUUUUUUAGACAAUUUACCAUUAUCUUGAUAUAAGCUUAAGAUUACUUCUUGCUUCUUCUUGAUCAGUUGGCUUCGUGGCUUUUUUUUGCCUUGCUGUAAGUGCGACCAGCUCUUCCCACAAUUUUGUUAAUUGAAAGAGAUAUCCCUUUAGCUUGCCCGUUAUGUUUGAGCUUUUAAAUAUUGCAGUUUUCUCUGAUUUUUAUAGUUUUGCUGCGACUCACCCGCAAUUUACUGAUGUUUGUUUGUGUUUUUGCCAAAAACACAAACAUGUAGAGUUCAUUCUAGCUACCAAGUUGUACCAAGCUAAUUCCAAAGCCAGUUAAAACUUCUCGAGUGAAGACAAGUUUCAAAGAAAAGUUGUAAAAGCAAACCUCAAAAAUACAAAAUACCCAAAAUUAGACCAGCCACAGAAAAAGUCAAAGUUAUGUUCAAGGUAGAAGUUAUACAAGCUAAAUCUAACACUAAACAGCAGUCAAGGCAAGGACAAGUGUCAAAGAAAUAGGAAAAGAUUGUGAAGCCAGUGGCCGUAACCGUAUCACAGUUUCAAUGUAACCAGGUAUAUCAAACUCUUAUACCUAUGAUAAAAGUAGGGAUGAAAAAACGCUUUUCCAUAGACCAUAAUUAAAACAAUUUUUUUAACAGCAUCAUUUUCGGAGCAAAAGAAGAAACAAAAUUGAAAGGUGACAUUUCAGCCUACUUCAACAUUGAGAUAAUGGUGAUACCGUCAUCAUUUCUGCAGUCUUUUAUGUGUAGUGUAAAUAUAGAAGAUGUGAAUGUGUUUGCACAGGAUUUCGCUAAAAGGAAUUAAUUUUGCCAGGAUAUCAAGAUCACUUUUAAUUUCAAUGAAAAGUGAGAGUGUAACUAUAAACUAAAAGGUUGUGCUUGUAGAUUGACAAGGUGAUCAGUGUUUGGCAGUUUUGAAGAUGUCCCAAAAAGGAAGUUAAUAAAUUAAAGUCUUUUUUAUUUAGUAAUACCUGAACGAGUUGAUAAAGCAGGGGCAUCAACCAUCAAAAGGUUUUGUCAGCAGAGUAAGCAAUUAUCAAGCUUUUGUUCCAGGCAAAGCUUGGUCGAAGGUAACCUGAGAUCAGGCCCAAUUUUAGCAGUUCCAAUACAUUUUCUCUAACGGCCACCGCUAAAAUCUGUUUUAGUUUCGCAUUACCCGCCGGAAUGUUACUACAAAACGAAACGAAAAUUGAGCCUGAUCUCAGGUUAGGUCGAAGGAAAGAAAAUUAAGCCUUAACAUACCAUACUUUUGAAGACAUACGUGGUGCCGAGGAUGCCCAUCACUACCUGGACGGAGUUAUGCUUCUCGGAAGAGAACUAGAAGUUCAGUUUGCAGAGGGAGCCAGAAAAAGUAAGGCAUAAGAAUAAAAUGUGCCGGUCGAAAUUUAAAUAUGUGCCCUAACUGUGUACCACACACAUUUUCUGUUGUUCAAAAUAACGACCACUUAACAUGAAACCUUUUUCUUCCUCUUAUAGCACCAGCACAGAUGCGUUGGAAAAGGUAAGGGGAGAGGCCGGCAGCAGUAGUAGGAGAGAUGAAGGCAACAGGGAUACAAUCUUAUUCAGUGCUUGACAGACCAAUUUUGACACGUUAGAAUUUAUUGAGUUAGUCAUUUCUUAUUGUUUUGCAGUCGCCGCUCCCGUAGUCGGAGUCCAAGGUAAGGUGGACAAUAAUUUAUUAAUUUAUUUAAGAAUUAUCCUUUAUUGUUCAUGUCAUCUGUUUAAGCCUUGUGCUCAAUACAUUCUGUACAUUGUCAGCCCGUCUUAAAAAAAAAAAAAACUAUUUCACUGGGCAGAUAAGGUUCAAUUUGCUCCACAGUUACUGCCAAAAAUGCAUCAUUUGCAAAAAAUCCAAAAAAAGUUUGUAAUACAGUCAAACCAGGUCAAGCACACCCCCACGAUGCCAUUCAUGAAUGAUUUCAAAGUUGAAUCCCUUAGGUUUGCCCCAAAAAACAAUAUCAAAUUCAAAUUUGCAUUCCUGUAUGCGUAAAUAAAUAAUGAACAGUUAAUUUUUUUACGAUAAUCUCUCUGUAUUCGGUCUGAAUGAAAAAUCUUUGUGUUUGUAAAAUAUUAUUGCUUUUCAUCAAAUUCAAGAAAACCAAGCUGGUAGAAAUUUCGUAAUUGCCUCGCAUGUUAAUUCACUGCUCAAAAUUACGCAUGCAGGAAUAAAGAGAUCCAACAGAUUCAACUUUCGAUCAAUACAGACAACUCCCGGUUAUUCGAACCUUCAUAGGGAAAAUAGAAAAGUUCGAGUUAUCGAGGGUUAAAUUAUAUAGAAAAUGAUCUGAAUGGAAAUGAAAAUCGCUCCGAGUUAGCAGCAGGUUCGAGUUUCAGAGUGUUUAUAUAGGGUUCGAGUUACCGGGGGUCGACUGUAAAUUCAUUAAUGGUAUCUUCGGGGGUACGCUUGACCUGGCUUGACUGAAUACGUUUCGUCAGUGGAAGUUGUUAAGUGCUUGAGGAGAGUUCGGUGGAUCAAUGAAGAUGACGUGAACUGCGGAAAUAUGAUCAUAGCUAAAUUGAUAGAGCACUGCCGCGCUAACGCAGAGGCCAUGUGUUCUAAUCCCGUUGAAGUCCCGCAAUUUUUUUAUCGGGUUAAUUUGCAAUCAUGUCUUCAUUUUAAAAAAAUUCGGUGUUUGGGAUCGUUAAAAUGAUUUAUUUGUAGUAUGUGUAUAUUUCAAAACGGUUUUUAUUUCAGUAACCCUAAAAAUCUCUCCUGUGAAAAUACUAAGACCUUCAAAUGGUCCGUCAAGGUUUGAUGAAGGCAGGAAUCCGUUUCGGCUUCUAGAUACUAAACACCUUUCAGCUCAUACUUGGAAAGCUAACCAUUAUAUUGUAGGACUUCUGCAUAAGAUGCUAAUCUAUGAAAUGUUUGUUUUUUAAGGCGUCGACGCCGCCGUUCGCACUCACGAUCAAGGUCAAGUUCCCCCGAACGCCGAGAACGCAGCAGCCGUGGUGAAAGGACCUGUGAUCGUCACCGUGAAAGUAGGCAAGAAAUAGGAGAGCUUUCACCAUCACGUUCACGUGUCUCGACGCCGAGCGUCGACGCCGCCGUUCGCUUUGAUUGUUUUUUAAGGCGUCGACGCCGCCGUUCGCACUCACGGUCAAGGUCACGUUCCCCCGAGCAAGGUCACGUUCCCCCGAGCAAGGUCACGUUACCCCGAGCGCCGACAACGCAGCAGCCGUGAAGAAAGAGAACGGGAAAAGCUUUCACCAUCAAGUUCACGGGUCACGCUCGACACCGAGCGUCGACGCCGCCGUUUCCACUCAAGGUCAAGGUCACGUACACCCGAGCGCCGAGAACGCAGCAGCCGUGAAGAAAGAGAACGGGCAAGGGAGGAAAGGGAGCUUUCACCAUUAAGUUCACAGGUCACGCUCGACGCCGAGCGUCGACGCCGCUGUUCGCACUCAAGGUCAAGG